GGUCUCAGUGGUUAAGAUAAGGAAACAUACACAGAUGUGAACUGAGCACAGGAGAGUUUCAGCAAUCAGGGUCAUUGAUCCCACUGCAAAGGGGCCGCUUUGAAUAAUUCAUCAAUCCAACAGUUCCAGAGCAGGGAUGUGACACCGAUAAUGGUCAAAUCACAGCGGUCACCAUGCAGAGCUUCACCUGAAUGAAAGGAGCAGCAGCACCAAAAUCAAUUAAGCACAGAAUGUCACAUUCCAGGAAACACUCCAGGGAAUAGUCAGCGUCUGUUUUAUCUCUGAACAUGUCCAGAAGUGGAAGACGCCUCAAACUUCCAUUAAUAAAAGACCUGGAACACUUCCAGGAUUUUAGAGAUUGGGUGAAUACAGGGCAUUUCAGAGUUUGCAAGGGCGUACUUGCAAAAAUAUGUAUGGGCAGAGCAUGCACGGUAAAUAGUAGGGACAUGAAAGGUGUUGCCAAACAGAGUGAACCAAAAGAAUCGAUGCACAUUUCCCUGAAACUGUUUAUGCAUGGAGAUAGGGCAGAGGAAGGAUGUCAUUAAGAUGGAAAGGGUACGGAAAAGAUUUUCAGAAUACUAUCACGAGUGGAGGGCUUGAUCUAGAUGGAGAGGUCCGCAGAGAUUGGGACUUUACUCCCUGUAGCAGAGCUUCAUGACUGUCAUGUCGUUACUGAAGCAUUUUUUCCCACAAUCUGUCCUUAUCAUUAGGAUUGAACUUUGAACUUCCCAUCAGUGGAGAAUGAGGUAAUUGGUGGUCUAUUCAAUAUUGUUUACUGUCUAAAUGGUUUAAUUUAGCGUUUGAGCAAGUGAAGGCAGAAUGUUCACCCGUGGUGAGGUGAGAAGUUUAUACAAACUUUUAAAGAGGCACAAUGGUUGUAUCCUUACAGGCUGCAUCAGGGUCUUGCAUGGAAACACUAAUGGCAAUGAAUGACAAAGCCUGUAUGAAUUGUUGGAUGCAGUUCAGUACAUCACUGCCAAACCCUUCCCCGUCAAUAAGCCCUCCCCACAAAGGAGAACAGUCAAAAGAGAGCAGCCACUAUCAUCAAGUAGCCCCCGUGCUGGCGGUACAGUUGUCUUUGUUCUCACACUGGCAGGGUCAGGAACAGUUAUUAUCCUUUAACUAUCAGGCUUCUGAAAUAGCGGAUAUCUUUACUCACCGCAACACUGAACACAACCUUCGAAUUACUCAAAGACUCUUGUUCUCAUGCCCUUCAUUAAUUUAUGUAUUUGUUUGCUGUAUUUGCAAAGAAUGGAGUUUGCGUAUUGGCUGCUUGUCAGCACUGUUUGUAAUCUUUCAUUGAUUCUAUUACAUUUCUUUUUUCUACUGUCAAUGUACAGAUAGCACAUUGUACGUAUAUUUACAUUUAACAAUGACGUUGCUAAUGCAGGACACGGAAUAAUUCACCGGUUCUUGACCUCACUGAUAGUGGAUGGUGACCUUUAAAACAGAAAAAGAGUGAGGAAAUCACGGUAAAUUUUACAAAUACAUAUUACGGUGCAGUGUGUGUGAAGGUACUAGAAGACAUCAACAUCAAUAGGAUUUGCAAAUUGUUGACAAGAUGUAGGUGUCUCUGUGAGGAAGUUGAAGUAAAUUUCAGAGAGUGUGUUGGCAACAUUCAGGCCACAGCAGUCCCAAGCUCAGAGAGAAGGCAUGGUGUCCUGUGAUUUUGGGGAGGGGGGUGUAUCUUUGCUUAUGGAAGAUCAUCCCAGUAAUAUGCCCCAGCAUCAUUGUACUGGUGCCAUUAAGAUUCCCUGGCCAUCGGAAUGUUCAAAUACUGAACAUCCAGUGAUUAGUAUUACUGUGUCUAUCCUGUUCUUUUUCUGGGAGUAGAUGUGUGCUUAUCAUGAUGGUUACCUGGCUGGUUCAUAUUAACCAGCACAGCCCCACUCCAAAUCUGAUCAGCCAGAAUCUCUGCUCCAUUGCAGCCAGUCAUUGUGAAUGCUUGUUUUUCUUAGCUCUUAAUUAUUCUAGUAUACACUGUAAUGCAUCAUUUGUUUCAGGUGGGAAAUUAAAUCGGGCCCGGAAAGUAUUCAGGAGAAUUUUGCCAGGCAUCUCAUCGAGAGAAGGUGAUCGGGACAUGGGCAGCAAUGUAUCAAAUCAAAGUCAGAUGGAGACCGAUGCCCCAAUGGAGGAGAAGCAAAGUCAGCCCAGAGAGAGUGGUGGCACCGACACUGAUCAGGUCCCUGCAAUCAGCACACGUGGGAAAUCAAAACGGGUACAGAAAUUACUCAAUAGAAUUUUGCCAGGCAGCUCAUCAAGAGAAAAUAAUCGGGUCAUGGGAAACAAGGUACCAAAGCAGGAUCAGAUUGAGAGGAAUGUCCCAAUGGAAUGUACUCCGGGUGUAGAGGAGGACGAACAAAGCCAGUCCAGAAACAGUGGCGACAGCGACACUAAUCAAGACAAUGCAACUGGAAUUAGUAAGUUGACUGCUUGUCAGCACGGAGAUGCAUCAAACAUGGAAUUGUCAAGUCCCCAGCACGGAAAGGAGUUUACAAUCUCUGACCUAACGCGGUGGGACGACACUAGGCUGUACCAAAUGACAGACUUCUACAGGGAUAGACUGAAACAAGCAAUUGAAGAAAUGGUUGAAAGGCUCAGUUGGACGUUGACAAAGGAAGGACAUUUUAGUAGAGAAGAAAACGAGAAAGUCACUGGACAGACAGAGAAGGGAAACCUGACAGAGAGUUCCAGGCUCUUCCUCAGUUUGGUGAUGGACAAAGGCUUCCAGGCCCGGAGAGCGAUGUGGGAAUCCUUUGUGCAAAUGAGGACUGUGUUACCCAAGCUGGACAAAAUACUAAAGGAAAUAGAGGAGUUUGGCCCAGAUCCAGAUGAAUACCUGAAUAUUGACCGAGGAGUAUCUGACGUACCCACUCAACUGAAAGAUGUUCAACAUAAACACAAGGAGACUCUGCGGGCACAAACUGAGACACUGAGAGUGAACACGAUCCUGAUGAGGGAAAAGGAGAACGUUUUCCAGCUGGUUGAUAGAUACGCUGAGCUCACGGUCAUUUCUACCAUUCGUGAUCGGAGACUGGUGGAACAUGAACUGCGGGCAAGAGGCACAGAACACGAAGAGUGCAGAGAGAAAGAUCUCCGUGGAGAGUUGGAGAGAAUACGGACUGAUCAGCUGUUUGAUGUCAGUUUUUCCCGAAGUAAAUCCAAAUCUGGGAGUUCAGCAGCAGUGGCUGGGGUCCCGGGGAUCGGGAAAACAACAAUGGUACAAAAGGUUGUUUAUGACUGGGCCACGGGGAAAAUAUACCAACAAUUCCAGUUUGUCUUUAGUUUCAGAUUCCGGGAUUUAAACUCCAUUGCCUGCAGAAUUAGCUUGAAGGAACUGAUUCUGCAUCAGUAUCCUUACUUUGGGAAUUCUCUAAGAGAGGUCUGGAAACGACCUAAGCGAUUGCUCUUUAUAUUUGAUGGUUUGGAUGAAUUCAAACACAGAAUCGAUUUUUCCAAGAGUCAGAGGGACACUAGACCUCAGUUGGCAUGCACAGAUACUGACUUCCGGUGUGAGGUGUCUGAUAUAGUGUACAGUUUAAUCCAGCACAAUCUGCUCCCAGGGUGUUCAGUGCUGCUGACAACCCGCCCCACUGUGCUCCAUUUACUGAAAAAAGCAGAGAUCAGUGUCUGGGCUGAAAUCCUGGGAUUUUCUCGUGAAGAACGCAAGGAAUAUUUCAUCAAGCAUUUUGAAGAUGAGACGGUGGCAGCAGAUGUUUUCAAACACGUGAAGGAGAACGAGAUCCUGUACACCAUGAGCUACAACCCCUCCUACUGCUGGAUCCUCGCUCUGGCAUUAGGCCCCUUCUUCGCACAAAGAGUCAGGGAACCACAGCAAAUUCCCAAGACCAUCACCCAACUGUACUCCUACUAUAUUUACAACAUCCUGAAAAACCACGGCCGAGAGAUCGAAAACCCCCGUGAUGUGUUACUCAGGGUUGGUCAGAUGGCCUUCAGAGGAGUGUUUGAGAAGAAGAUUGUGUUUACAGAUGGUGAUUUGAUCAACUACGUUCUACACCCUUCCCAGUUCCUGUCUGGGUUCCUGAUGGAAAGUGAGGAUUCUGCCUGGUGUGUGGUAUACACAUUCCCGCACCUCACCAUCCAAGAAUUUGUAGCUGCACUCACACAAUUUCUGAAUAUACAUCCAGGAAAUAUCCUGAAAUUCCUCACUGGAGCCCACAACACCACAGAUGGGCGAUUUGAGGUAUUUCUACGUUUUGUUGCUGGUCUCUCUUCCUCAAUGACAGCUCAGGUCCUGGAGGAGUUUCUUGGUCCAUUCCAUCAUCAAACAAUCUGCGGAGUGAUUGAGUGGGUGAAGGACAAGGUUAAGCACCAGAUACAUAACUCUGCUGGUGAAGAUGAUACAAGGAACCUCUUGAACACAUUGCAUUACCUGUUUGAAUCUCAGAAUCGUGAACUGGCCCAGGAUACACUGGGAACUGUGGAAAAACUUUCAUUCUGUGAAAUGCUACUAACCCCGAUUGACUGCACAGUCCUGUCUCAUGUCAUCGGACUCUGUGAUACAAUAAAACAGCUCGAUUUUUGGAACUGCCGCAUUCAGUUUGAAGGUAUACAGCGACUGGGACCGGGGCUGCACAAGUGCCAGGAGUUGAGACUUGGGGGAAAUAUCCUGGGAGAUUCAGGAGUGACACUGGUGUCUGCGGCAUUGGAGAACCCUAAGUGUAAAAUACAGAAACUGCGACUGAACGAUGUCGGACUCACAGAUGCUGGUGCUGAGGAUCUCGCCUCCGCUCUCAGCGCAAACCAAACACUAACGGAGCUGAACCUGAGUGGUAAUAUACUGGGAGAUUCAGGAGUGAAACUGGUGUCUGCGGCUCUGAGUAACCCGGAGUGUAAAAUAAAGAAACUGUGGCUUUGGAAGGUUGGUCUCACAGAUUCUGGUGCCGAAGAUCUCGUCUAUGCUCUCAGUACAAACCAUUCACUGACAGAGCUGGCCCUGAGAUCAAACGCACUCACGGACCGAUCUAUCCCCACUCUUCAUCACCUCAUACUGACAGUCCCGAGUCUGGCCUGUAUCGAGCUGUGGAGAAAUCACUUCAGUGAGACUGGGGAGACGGAACUGAGGUCUCUGGAGAAACUCAGACCUGGACUGACAGUGUUGCUGUAAACAUUUGCACCCAAGGGAUGGGUAUAUUUUGUUCGAUUCCUGGCCGUCUCCUUUAAUGACAAUGCUCCAGUUUUAAUUCCCAAUGGUUCUAAUGGAUCUCGUUUCCAACCAAGUGCUCGUAGACGUCAGAAGUGUUUCCACAGUCAUGUAAUUCCCCUUUCUGACCGGUGACUGGCGCUGUUUGCUGGAUGUCCCAGUCUUAGUGCUCAUUUAAGUGAGUACUUGUGGAGUUACAAAGACUGAAGGAGACCAGUGGUGGGUCUCAAUCUGGGACACCAGUGACCCGGGGUGGGAUUAUUCUAGGAGAGAAUACUUUUGCUCACUUUGCUGAGGGAAGUACAUUCAGCAAUCUGGCCAAUAUGAUGACGUUAAAUGGAUAAAUACUGUACCUUUGUAGCAACCCUGGAACUGCAGUGAUCUCGGACACAGCCCUGAAAUGUGAUUUUAUAAUCAGCGUUUCCCCAAUCCGGAGUGAUGGUGAGAAACGGGACUGAUUAUUCAAUCUGUCACUCAUUGUCACCAGUCAGUUAUUUGUGUGUGACUCUGAGUGAAUUUGGAACAGCUUAUUUAUUCUCGCAAAUUUGUAGGUUACGCGUUGUUGAAUUUACAUAUGUCAUAAUGAAAUCAAUAAAUCGCUAUAACUUCCA